AUGGCGCGGAGCACGCUCUCGUCCCGCUUCCGCCGCCUCGACAUCGAUCAGUACGACGAGAACCGCUUCGUGGAGGAGCCCGAGGAGGCGGCGGCGGCCGAGCCCGAUGCCAGCCCCGAGGUGGAAGCGCUGCUCAGGCACCGCCGCACAGGCGAGGCGCUCCGGGCCUUCCACACCGCCAUCCGCAGCUCCCCGGGCAGCAGCAGGAGCCAGGCCAUGAAGGAGCAGGCCCAGGGAACGAUGCUUAAAGUCCUCACAUCUUUUAAAAGCAGUGAAAUAGAACAAGCGGUGAAUUCGUUAGACAGAAACGGUGUUGAUUUGUUAAUGAAGUACAUUUAUAAAGGAUUUGAAAAGCCAACAGAAAACAGCAGUGCAAUAUUACUUCAGUGGCAUGAAAAGGCACUGGCAGUAGGAGGCCUGGGCUCCAUAGUAAGAGUUCUCACAGCAAGAAAGACUGUGUAAAGACUGUUAACUUGGACAGAGGUGACGGUCAGGUUUGGAUUCAGAAGAAGGAAUGAGCUGAAAUUACACUGGUCCAUCUUUAUUAGAGAUUGCAAUCUACUGAAAUCCUACAGUAACCUCCUCUUGGAAUGCUUUUAACCUUAAAGGUGUGGGAAGAGUAAAGGUAUUCCUGCAUAUUCUGACUAUCACAUAUAGGAGCCAAGACAUUCUCCUGCUCCCUUCUAUCAUGUCUAUCAAGGCAGAGAGAAGGCACACUCCUGCCUCUUAUUACUGUAAGUGAACAGGUAUUUCAGAUGCUGCUUUAGCCAGGUGUGGUGAUAAAAGCUCCUGUGUGUCCUGCUUAGUCCCAAGAUAGCUGUGUCCAGGCCGAGAUGCUGCAGCUGAGGGUGGGAGAAGGGCUGUAAGAACGGCGACUUUGAACGUGUGGUGAAGGAAUGUUGGACUCUGGGCUUGGGUUAAUGUAAAGUGAAGUGCCUGCUGCAUCAAUAAAGUUCUUGGAUCACACGAGUUAAAUUCAUUUUCAGCUAAAUUUUAAGUCUGACACUUACUCC